AUGGCUGAUCUUCUCAACAAGCAUAUCAAAAAAGCGACCUCAAGAACAAAAGAGAAGUUGCUCGAAGGCAUUGGGAAAGCAAAAGCUACGCAGGACGAGAUAUUCGACAGUCACGCGUCCAAUCUCGCCAAGCAGAGUAAAGCAUGCGAACGGCUCUACAAGGACAUCAAGGCGUAUUCUUCUGCUCUGAAAGUUCUAUGCCAAGCCGAGAGAGCACUGCAUGACACCAUCAGAGAGUCGUACGAAGCUGAAUGGCCUAAUCGAGAGCACCUGACGGCUAUUCUUGAUAAUACUGACAUUCAAACGAACGAGUUGGAGAAAGCAUUAUGUGAAGAUCUCCCACAAGCAGUCUCAACCUAUGUAUCUCAAUUUAAUGAUUUGAAGAAAAAGGUCGACAAAAGAGGCAGGAAGCUAGUAGACUAUGACCACGCCAAGAACUCCUACAACUCCGUUAAGGCAUCCAGCAAGAAAGGCGAAGCAGAUCCCAAGGUGGCGAAGGCUUUCACUGAGCUUAAGCAAGCAGAAGCAAUGUACAAGGAGAUUAACAACGAACUCCUUGAAGUCCUUCCUGCAACCUACGAUAGUCGUAUAACUUUUUACGUGGACACUUUACAAGCACUAUUCAACUCCCAAAGUUUGUAUCAAACGGAAUGCAGUGAACUUAAUAGACAAAUCGUUACUCAAUUGGAUCAUCUCGGUGAAUCAAUGGAUCUCUUGAGAGUACCAAGACCGGAGCGUCCCAGUACUCCAACGGAAAGUGUAGCAGAUAUGGGGUCUCGAAAGUCUACGCCGUCUCCAGCACCUGCACCUCCUCCAGCAACUCCAGCCUCCUUGGUUGACUCAGUUCCCGGACAGACUACGGCCAGUAAUCCCUUUGACGAGGAGGAUGUGGAGGAGGCGUUUGAGAAUAAAAUGUAUCCCGUAGAAUGUAAUUUUGCGUCAUAUAUGAAGAAACUGGCUGCCACGCGUCGCGGAGACAGUGAGGAAAUAAAAGUGGCCAGAGAAGCGCCCGUAAGUGGUAGGCAACUGCAACAAGAUGCGCCAAACCCUUUUGAUGAGGAUACGGAUGAUGAAGAACAGCAUCUAUCAAUUCCUACGGAGGUUCCUCCAACCGAUCAUGCACUGGAAGGAGUAACGAAGGAAGCGCGUAAAGUACUGUAUCUUGUUAAAAGCACGCAUGAAUAUAAGGCAUUGGAUACGGAUGAGUUAACGUUUGGUCCAGGAGAGGAGCUAAAGGUGCUGGAAACGAAGCCAGAAGACCAGGUCGAUGAGGGCUGGCAAUUAGGUGAGAAGUCAGACGGUACUCGUGGUGUUUUUCCAGAGAAUUUCACGAAGAAAAUUGAAAAAUGCGCUUAG